AUGGCUGUCGAAUCAGAUGAAGUUCACCAUGAGUCAUCUGAAGAAUACGACUAUGAAGAAUACGAAGAUGAUGAGGAGGUGCUCGAUACUGAGCACAUAGAUGUGGAAAUGGAAGAAGAUGAUUUCAAGACACAAGGUAAAGAGAGAUGCAAUGAUGCUUUCCUUAACUUCAGUUCCGAUUAUGAAGAUAAUGAAGUCGAUGAAGACAAUAACUUAGUUGAUGAAGAUGAAGAAGGGUUUGGUUCAGAAGAGGAAAUCGAUGACACAGCAGGGGCUAAUGAUCUUGAUUUGGGAGAUGCGGUUGGUGCAGGCUUCCCCAUUCAUGACCUAUCAGUUAAGUGGAAUAAGAUGAAGCCCCUUCUUGGUGAAAGGUAUGAAUCACCACAUCAGUUGCAACAAUGUCUCACUAAUUAUGCUAUUAAGUCAGGGUAUAACAUUAAAUUUGCGAAGUGUGACACUGUGAGAUUAACUGCCAAAUGUGGUUCUAAGAUGAAGUCUCAACCCUGUCCAUUCAGAGUUCAUGCUUCCUGGAUGACUCAAGUAAAGUCUUUUCAGAUUAAAACCUUAGUUGAUGAGCACAAAUGUGUUAGAAAUUUCAAUAUUUCAAAUUUACUGAGUCCCAGAUGGCUAGCAAGACACCUUUUGAAGGAGUUGAUAAUGAAACCUAACUUGAAGUGUAAGCAGAUGCAAUCAAUAAUUAGGACCAAAUUUCAUUGUGGUGUGUCUUGGUCUAAGGCUUACAGAACAAGGUGUAGAGCAAUGACCAUUAUAGAUGAAAAGUGGGAAUCAGUGGUUUUUCCAGCUGCUAUCAAGAAAAUGAACAAGUUUGGAGAGGAUUUGAGGAAUUGGAAUGUGAAUCGAAGUGGACCAUCUAUUUUUGAAGCCAGGAAUGGAUUAGAAGGGUACGUGGUUGACUUACAAAGCAAAGUGUGCAGCUGUAGGCUUUGGGAUAUCUCAGGAAUUCCAUGUGUACAUGCACAGUGUGCAAUAUUAUUCAAUGGACAAGAUCCUGUUCAAUUCAUAAGUGAGUGGUUUAAUGUGGACAGAGGUAGUAGAGGUGGUGCAAGGGGUAGUAGAGGUGGUACAGGAGGUAAGAGAGGUGGUGCAGUGGGCAACAUAUGUGGUGCAAGAGGUGGUGCAGUGGGUAACACAGGUGGUAAAAGAGGUGGUAGGGGUAGUAAAAGAGGUGGUAGGGGCAGUAAGACAUCUGUUGGAAUUGAAGGUGGUGGAGUUGAAAAUGAGGAUGACACUAUUCCUGAAAAAUAUUUAGUCCAUUUAUGGAAGGCAAUGCAAGAUUUGAAACUAUCAGGGUAUUCAAUUGAAGAAAUUAAAAAUACACUUAGUCUGACAGAUUCACAUAUGAAACAGCUCAAUGAUUACAAUGACACUAUUGAACAAGUUCUUCCUAUGUCUAUGGAAGAGGAGUAUCCACCUCAGACUGAGACACAAGAUGGGGCUGAAGAAAUUAUCCCUGAUACACAACCAGAAAGUGAAGAAGAAGAAGAAGAAGAAGGCAUUAAUGACACCCAGGAAUUACCAGUACACCUUAGGAUUGUAAAAAGAAGAAGGCCCUCUGAGAGGAUUGUUAAAACCAAGCUGAAGAAGAUGGGAUGUGUUGGGACUUCUGCAAAUUCAACAUUGGAGUUGGAUUAG